AGGUCUCACUAAGAACAAGCCUCUACAUGUGUGAUUUCAUCAAUAUAUGUGUGUUUAUAUGAAUCAAAAUACAUUUGUGAUUACUGAAGGUGUGUUUAUAUGUGUGGUAAUAUGAAUCAGAAUACAUUUGUGAUUACUUAAAGGAAUGGAAAAUGUAACAAAUACAUGCAUGGAUUGGUAGCUUGUAAUAUUGAGAGCGUGUAAGAAGUGUUUCAGGCAUGUUUGACCAUUUAUGAGAAAGUUGUGAGCAUUUUUGUAUCGCUACUCUAAUGUCACCAGUAGGCUGCCAUGCAGCCUGUUGGAAGGGCAAUGCGUGAUGUCACUUGGGUGCAAGGUUGAGUGUCACUCUUCAGUACUAAAGGGGCAAAAUGUUAAGCGGUAAUCAACUUCCACAGACAAGAUGGUGGAAACUGACUCGGAAGGCUGACACAUCACUGCCAUCAGUUCAGUUUUAGGGGGUCUUGAACGAAUAUACAAAGGGUCCAAUACUAUGGAAAGAAAUCAGAAUUGCUCCUUCAAAAAGGCCAUGUGAUGUGGUUCGUGCUGAGCGAUAACAGGGCAUCGAGUGAUUAGUUAGCGCACUUGAUCUUCCUAACGCAAAUAGAUUUAAACAGACAGCCUGACAAAUUUACUUUUACUAGAUAAAAACAAUGUAAGUACCUCUUUAAUAAUGCCCUCCCUUUCUCAUUUUCGUAUCCUUGACACCGUACUUGCACGUUCUUUCGGAGCCUUGCCUUGCCAUCUUCAAAUUCUGUUGGCACGGCAUCUUCCUUCAAUAGUCUCUAUCUCUUCUGGCCUUCCGCCACACCGACGUACUUGACGUACAAAUCCUCCUUAAAACAGGUAUCCAGAAAAUGUGCUGAACACUAGUGGGAAUUCGUUGUAGGAACGAAGCCCACCCUUUUCAUGUUGACUAGCCAUUUCUUGAGCAAGUCUGUUUUUUUCCAGCGGAAAGCCAUAGAACAUGCGGUCAUGCCGCUGACCUGAUCCAGUCCUGCAUGUGCACCCGACCACUGCAUAGCUAGGCAUUUUGGUCUUUCGGUCGUCGAACAGCCUUCUUGAAAAAUUUCCCUGCUUAGUAAGGUCUGUUUGAGACUAACGGUGUCCUUUAGCACAGGAAAAUGGUGAAAACAACGGUUGAUGUAAUGGCCUACAAUCCCAGUGCUUCAAGUCUUAAGGCCAAUUUAUGCUGACAACCCAGUCCUCGCAGACGGUGUCACAGACAGUGUCUGCGUAGCCCCCCCACCUUCGCAGACGCUCUGCGCGCACCUCCCAAAAAUUGUGACCACCGCAGAAGCCUCGCAGACAAGAGGGCUCUGAUUGGUCCACUCUACCCGCUGUACACGCACUUCCACUUCCCUACUUUCCCGGUUUGUUUUGUUUUCACAACCGGCAUUUUUAAAAACAUGAGCGAAGAUGGAGCAGCAUGAAGAGCGGUUGAUUGAGGAAGUACGUACAUCUAUACAACUCCAGUUCUAGUCAUUAUAAAAAAAAAAAAAGUUCUAGUCAUUAUAAGUAACCGGAGGAUAAACACUCCACUAACCACACCCACCAAUUACUCCUAGCGACUUCGCGCCCCCUUGCGUUGUGCCGGUGAAUAACAUCGCGGACGCCUAUUCCCCCGCUCAACAAUAAAUUACAACUGUCUGCGAAAAGCUAUCUGCGAAAGCCUUGUCGCAAGAGCAUGCAGAGGCCUUUACUCUCCAUGCGGAGCUUCCAUGUGUUGUGCCCAAGUGACGUCAGAGCAUUGCCGCAAAUGAUUGGGGGGAAUUUUUCUGAUUGGUUAAAAUAUUUUCAGUGGCGGCAUUUAUGAAAUCAUCGAUGACGGGAGAAUUCUGCAUAGAAACUGACUUUUGGAGAUGGAUAUCUUAGUUGUGUGAGCGCCUUAUUUUCAAUUAUUCGCAUGAAUCAUUAGUUUAUAUCAUUUACACCUUUUCCUUUAAGGUGUGUGUGUGUGUGUUUGUGACUACAUAUGUGCAUAUAAAAUCAUCACAAAACUUGUUUCAGCAUCACAAUUGAAGCCUUUGUUCGGAGCACAACUUUAGCGUGGAGAAUUCAGUGACAAACCAGUACAGUGCCUGAGACCUAAACUAUAUGGCCAAAAGUUUGUGGACAUCUGGUCUUCACACCCAUAAUAUGAAUCUUCCCCAAACUUUUGCCACAAACUUGGAAGUACAGAAUUAUCUAGAAUGCCUUUGUAUGCUGUAGCAUUAAGAUUUCUCUUCACUGAAAUUAUGAGGCCCUGUUCCAGUGUAACAGUGCCCCUGUGCACAAAGAGUGCUGCAUGAAGAUAUGGUUUCCCAAGGUUGGAGUAGAAUAACUUGAGUAGCCUGCACAGAGCCCUAACCUCAACCCCACUGAACACCUUUGGAUGAACUAUAAUGCCGACUGUGCCCCAGGCCUCAUCACCUAACAUCAGUGGUUGACCUCACUAAUGCUCUUAUAGACGAAUGAGCACAAAUCCCCAGAUCUAUGCUCCAAAGUCUAGCGAAAAGCCAUCCCAGAAAAAUGGAGGUUAUUAAAACAGCAAAGAGGGGGACUAACUCUGGAAUGGGAUGUUCAAAAAGCACAUAUGAAUGUGUCCGGUGUCCAUACACUUUUGGUCAUAUAGUGUAAUUUUACUGUAGACUAGCUUUCCUUGCCUAAUUAUUAGAAUUAUCACAGUGAACUGAUCUCACAGCUCCAGGGUCCCAGGUUCAAUCCUGAGCUUAGGUCACUGUCUGGGUGGGGUUUCUGAGCAUGUGGGUUUACUCCUCCUAAAACAUACCAGUUGGUGUAUUGGAUAAGAUAAACUGUCCCUGAGAAUGUGUGCGUGCGCACAUGCGUGCAUGGUGGCAUGCAAAAGACGUGCAUCCCAUCCAGGGUGUAUUCCUGCCUCAUGACCUGUGUUACCUGGAUGGACGCCAGAUCCAUUAUGACCUUCACUGGGAGAAGCUAAUACUGAAAACAGAAAUGGAGAUCAGGACAUUGAGAAAUUAUUCCCGACUACUGCAAACAGAACCACCCAGAACAACUUUGUUCAGAAAAGAGAUUAGUGGGAUAACAUACAGAAUCCCGGCUCUAAUCUACAUUCAUGAUACUCAAACCUUUCUUGCUUUUGCUGAAAAAAGAACAUCACCAUAUGAUCAUGACGCCACACUCCUGGUCAUGAGGAGAGGAACACGGCAAAAUGGGUCCAUUCAGUGGUCACCGGUUAAGGAGCUUAGGACAGCUUGUUUGCCAGGACAUCGCACCAUGAACCCAUGUCCAGUCUAUGAGAAAGAAUCCAAGACUCUCUUUCUGUUCUUUAUCUGUGUGUUGGGUAAGACCACUGAGCAUCACCAAAUUUGUACUGGUAAGAACAAGGCUCGGCUGUGUUAUGCCACUAGCAAGGACAGCGGGCAGAAUUGGAGCAGCACAGUAGACUUGACAGAAAGUGUGAUUGGACCUGAACUUCACAAUUGGGCCACGUUUGCUGUUGGGCCUGGGCAUGGCAUUCAGAUGAAGAGUGGCAGACUCAUAAUCCCUGCUUAUGUCUAUUAUAUUCAUUGUCGAUGUUUCCCUUUUCAUUUUCCACUUUGUGUAAAAUCCCAGGCUUUUGCAUUCUAUAGUGAUGAUUGUGGGACCAUGUGGUACGUUGGAGAAAGAUUAAGUACAGAGUCUUGCGAGUGUGAAAUGGCAGAGAUCAUAGACCAGGAGUCCAGGAGUGAGCUAUAUUGCAAUGCACGAAGCACUAAAGGUCACAGAGUCGAGGCUUUGAGCGAGAACAGUGGAUCAACUUUUGAUAGACCUCACUUUGCAAAGAAGCUAGUGGAGCCCUGUCAUGGCUGCCAGGGUAGUGUGGUGAGCUUUGCUGCACUUGAGGAACAAGAGAACGGUUUACCAUCAAACACAAAGACUUGGCUCCUUUAUUCCCAUCCAACUCAGAGAAGGAAGAGAAUGGAUCUUGGGGUGUAUUUGAAUAAAUCUCCUCUUAGUGGCUCUGCUUGGAGCAAACCAUGGAUCAUCCAUCACGGCCCUAGUGGAUACUCAGAUUUGGCUCCAUGCGAGGAGCCUGAUUGUUUUGCUUGCCUCUUGGAGUGUGGAGAGAAGAGUGAACUUGAAGAAAUAGCAUUUGUGGAAUUUCCUCUCACUGAUAUCAUGAAUAACUAAUCAUGUGUAAAAAAAACAAAACAACAUAUACACCUAAAUCAAAAUAAAUUCCGAUCACAGUUCAUUUUAAUUCUAUUUGUAUAGUGCUUUUAAGAACAGACAUGGUGAUGAAGCAGCUUUAAAGAAAUCCAAAUGUAGAUCUAGAUCGCUACUCAGCAAGACAGGGGUGAAAGGGCAUGUUAAGAAGAUGGGGAGGAGAUGACACUGCAAACAUCCUAAACUAUUGAUGGUUAUUGUUGCCCUCUGGCCUUGUCCACACUAAUACAGUGCGUUUACAUGUACAUCCAAAUCGAGCUACUGUCGGUAAUCGAGCUAAGGGUCCCAGCAGGGGUGCCAGAGAAAUCCAAUACUACAUGCACACAAGGAAAUCGAGCUGUGAGGUAGAUUGUGCACCCAAGCCACAGGUGGCGCUACACGCCCCAUCGUGUUGGUACACUUCCGGUUGUCGUCAUGAAGAAGAGCUAUUCAAGAGUAUAAACAAAGUUAUCAGCAGUGUUGCCAGAUACUGCUGACGUUUUCCAGCCCAAAACAUGUUCAAAUCCGCCAAACUGCACUUAAAACCGCCCAAUCUGGCAACACUGGCAGUUCCGUGUUCACAAGUUCCGUGCUCAAGUUGUUAGGCUUGCUCUAACAGACUGUAUGGCUACAAACUGUCCUGCGCAGACCACUGUUUUGUAAGACAACUUAUUUUGCACAAUUGUAUAUUUUUCUAAAGUCCAUUUUUUGCUUACAAAAAAAUAUUUUUUUUGCUUACAAUUUAACUUAUGUCUUAAUAAACACACAAAGUUCAA